AUGCUUGUUCUCCAGCCGAUCACAUUCGCCAUCUUGCUACCACUAGCCUUGGCCGCCAGGCCGCAGUGCUUCGAUUUCAGCCUCCCGGUCCAAGUCUCUACCCCUGUCACGAAGUUCAAUGUUUCCCCUUUCCAUAAUAAUUCCGAGUCCACGUCUUUGCUUGUGAACUCCGUGGCCCGCACGGCAAAUGUUCAAAAUCUUGUAGCUGGAGAAGUGAACAUAAGCCGAGCUUACGACAUCAAUUUCCGCUAUUGCGAGCCUAGUGGGGGCGUACCCCGAAACGGCAUCAUACAACUCUUGACCCAUGGUCUUGGGUUCGAUAAAUCCUACUGGGACUUUGAAGGAUACAGCUACAUUGAAUCUGCCACUGCGGCUGGGUACUCUACCUUAUCAUACGAUAGACUGGGUGUCGGACGAUCGGAGCUUGCAGACCCUUACCUUGACGUACAAGCGGCAACGCAAGUCGCAAUUUUAGCAAAAGCCUCAGAGCUUCUGCAAGAGGGGAAGCUCUCUUCGAAAAUAUCGAUCCCCAAGAAACUCGUCCAUGUCGGCCAUAGCUUUGGCUCAUUAAUCACGAAUAGUCUCGCAGCAACGCACCCAAAUUUGUCCAAUGGCAUUGUUCUUACCGGGUUCGGUCACGACUUUUCCUGGGCAAGCUAUUUCCAAUUAUGUUACGGGUUCGAAAUAGCACGGGUUAACAAACCGCUUCGCUUCCGCAAGUACGACUCCGGUUAUCUGACCUGGGGUAACGAGUUUGAUAACCAGUGUGCCGCUUUCAACUACCCUUAUUUUGACUGGGAUAUUCUCCACAAUGCCGAGCUUAACAAGGCACCAUUUACGAUUGCCGAGUUGCUUUCAUUUGGCGUAACCCCCCUUGCGGCGCCAGACUUUGCUAGUCCUGUUAUGAUCAUAAAUGGCGCUCAAGAUCUUUCUUUUUGCGGUGGUAAUUGUUAUGGUGUGCUCGACGCCGUGGACUCUCCUUCUACAGCGGUCUUCCCGAGCGCGAAUCCCCUUACUAGGUAUAUCCAUCCUAAUGCGGGGCACGCGUUGAAUCUGCAUCAUAAUUCAACCGCGGCUUACGAGGUCAUUCUCGGCUUCUUGAAAAACAAUGGGUUAUAG